GCUAGAGGCUGCUGGCUUCAAGUCCUGCUGUCAAGUAUAAUGUUUGGAGCCGAGACUGAUCAGCUCUCCUCUAUUUGAUUAAUUGGAUAUAUAGAUGUGAAGGGAAAGUUGGUAAAUUAAUGCUAAAUUAAAUAUGUUUUAAUAGUUACUCCCCAGUACAUCCUCUCCCACUAAAUAAUGCAAAGCUCGAAAAACUGGCAAGGUCCCAAAGUCUACCCCUUAGCUUAAAACGAAACAGAAAGGAACUUGACGUCGAUCUGCACCGUUACUGCAGCUGUCUGUUAGAUUCGAACUCAGAGAUGAGUUUUAGAAUGGUGUUUGAAGCGCUUUUGUUCUUGACUCUCUUGCACUUCUCUGCCUGUCAGCCACAAGGUUUGGGAGAGGAGCCUCGUCUUUAUGUCAAACCUGGUGGAAUAAAUGAAAUUACUGUGACAUGUAAAUCGAAAGACUGGUAUCCCAAACCAAUAUUGCAAUGGAAAUCCAUUGAAGGCAAGAAUCUAACUGCACGUGCUGACAUAAAUAUCUUAGAAGACAAACCAUCUCUAUUUGAAGUGAGAAGUACACUCAAGGUGUCUAAGAGUGAUGAACAUAGAAUUAUAUGUAUCAUCCACCAUGGAAAAUACAACAACACACUUGAGGGACAAAUUGAAUUAGAUGAUGAAUUGUUCACUUAUUUGCCACAAUUAUGGUGCAUAGUGGCGCUAUGUCUUGGAGUACUUGGUGGUGCUCUUAUUUCUGUCUUAGCUGUUUGGAUAUGUAAAGUAAAAAGUGGACCGAAAAAGAGAGAUGAAGAAACUGGGAAAUUAAAUGAAGAACAGCAUCUUCUAAAACAAGAAAAUGUAAGCAAAGAAAAUGAAGUGCAAACAAAAGAAUUAGAAGAGAAGAUCAAGACAACAGAAUUAGAAGAGAAGAACAAAACAGAAUUACAAAAGGAGCAGAAGGAGAUUGAGAAAUUACGUAAUGAAAAAGACAAUUUGAAUAAAGAUUUACAAAAGGAGCAGAAGGAGAAUGACAACCUACGUGUUGAUAAUCAAAAACUAAAUGAAGAUUUACAAAAGGAGCAGAAGGAGAAUGACAACCUACGUGUUGAUAAUCAAAAACUAAAUGAAGAUUUACAAAAGGAGCAGAAGGAGAAUGACAACCUACGUGUUGAUAUUCAAAAACUAAAUGAAGCAAAUGAUGAACUCAGGAGUGAAAUUGAUAAGCUUGGAAUUGUGCCUGACACAGAAUGGAAGCGUAUUCAAGACCAUGCAGCUGAUAUGGUCCUGUCCCCUGACACAGAUCAUAGUGACAUUUCUGUGGAUGUUGAUGCAGCACAAGUGAGAUUUACAGGAGACACUAAGGGCCCAGACAAAUGGUGCUUUGUUACAGGCAGUGACCUGUCAAAAGUCCAGCAGGAUCACUACUGGGAGGUGGAGGUUGGUGAAAAGGGCAGCUGGGCGAUUGGACUGGCAUCUGAGAGCAUCAAAGAGAGCAAGCUUAUUCCUGAGCGCCCUGGGGAAAGGAUUCUGGAUCAUUCGCCUCUACAAAGGGAAAAAGUUAGAAGCCGUCUCAAGCACAGUUGAGGAAUGUCAGCAAAGACCCAGAAAAGUGGGAUUGUAUUGGAAAGGAAAGUGUUUACGUUUUUAUGAUGUGGAGAAAAAACAGCUCAUCCACAAAUUUGAUAUUCAAUGCUCUGAGUGCUUGUAUCCUGUCUUCAGUCCAGGGUCACGUGACAGAGGACCAUUAAUCAUCAAAAUUAAACAAAAUUAAAGAAAUUGAAAAUGUCAGAAAGAAUUUUGAUUUCUCCCCUGCAACAUCUGCUAAAUGUGCCACAUUAAACAGCACCUAUGGAGAGGUGAAAACAGAUACGGGCUCUUGCACCCUGACAAACUGAAAGUGGGUAUUGAAGAUCAGUUUUUUAGUCCUCCAGAUGAACUGGAUAAAGCUUGCAAUCUGGACCAUUUUUAAUGUGACAUUUCUGGCUUAUGGCUACAUUUUGGCUAAUUGGUUACCAACAAGUAAACAGCUAUUGCCAGUUUUUUUUUUGUUUUUUUUUUGCAUAAGCUUCAGUUAUUAUAUUGAAAUUUCUUCCAUUAAUUAUAUGUACACUUUGGCUACCACAGAGUAACCAGUUAUUGAUUUUAUUAAAAUUUAAUUAUUAUACUGAAAUUUCUUCCAUCAAUUAUAUGUACAAUUUGGCUAUGACAAAGUAUUCUGCUUUUUACAAUUUUUUUUUUUACAUCAUACCCUUGAUUUAUUAUAUUGGGACUGUUUAAGAUCAUAUCCUUGGUUUAUUGUAUUUGGACUGUAUUUUCACAAGAUAUUUCUGUUUUAACCAAUCUACACUGUUUUAGGGGGGAUUUGUUUCACUCUAUCUCUUUGAAUUUCAGAGGACCGGGACUUUGUGAAGUCUUACUUGCUUCACUUGCAGACGCAAAGUGGGAGGGGGUUAGGGUUGGGGAGUGGGUUGAAAAAGAGGAAUGCUAUAACUGCCAACUUAACAAUAGACUCCAUGGCUAUAAUAUCUGGCAAUAAUAUGAUAUCUAUGUAAAAGCUAUCAUAUAUAACAAUGUGUUACCUUAACCUAGGACUACAAAAUGUCAAGAAAUGUUCAGACACAAUGUUUCUAUGACCAAAUAGUGAACUUUGUGACCUAGAAUGUCAAGGGUCUCAAUGAUGAAUUAUGAAAAAAAAAACUACUUUCUCACUUAACAGGUCUAAAUGUCAAGAGAGUAAUUUUACAGGAGACUUAAUUAUUAAGCAAGGACUAGUUUUGGUUGCAAAGAUAGUGGUCUGGCCAAAUUUUGUACUCUUGACUAUACAAAGAAAACUAGGGGUAUGGGAAUCUUAAUACAAACCCAAGGUUGCUUUACAUACAGAGUAAAAAACAAUAAUAAUAAUGAUUAAUAUCUAUGUACCUUAUGUGGAUGGUAGAGAUUUCUUUCAAAAUGUAUUUACAUCUAUCUCUAUUGUGAACACUCACAAAAUUAUAAUGGCCGGAGACUUUAAUAGUGUUUUAAAUCCAGACCUGGAUAGAUCCUCAGAUACAGUGGCAAUAACAUCCGAUACAGCAGAGAUAAUUACAUAGUUUGUAAGUGAUCAUAACUUAUCAGACCCAUUGAGAUUUUUAAAUCUUAUCCAAAGAGCAUACUCUUUCUUCUAAUCCAUAUAUAAUUGUUAGCCAAGGAUUUAUUAUUUCCUUAUAGGCAAUAAUUUUUUCCACACUAUCAAAUCUUGUAAGUACGAUGCUAUUGUUAUCUCUGACCAUGUCCCUCUGAUCAUGGAGCUUAAAUUACUGCGCCCUACACACACACAUCUUGUAGCUGGCAUCUUAAUCCCCUGUCAUGCUGAUGAGCUGACGAGAACUGUACAUAAUUUAUAUCCAAGCAAACUGAUUAUUUUCUUGAGAAAAAUGCAUCCUCAGAGGUCUCAGCCGGUAUACUCUUUGAAACACUGAAGGCAUUAAGAGGACAGAUUAUUUCAUACCAGUAAUGGCGCACCGCAUGAAUACACGAGUUGAGUAUUCCUAGUUUUCAU